UGAGUCGCCUUGACGCAUCAGUGUGUGGCGAGCGCCUAACAGGCUGGCAUUGAGGGGCCGGCAGAAAGGCGCGAACUUCGAAAGUCGAACAGCGACGGAUAAAAAAAAAAUAAUCAAGAAAAAAAGCGCGAACUUUGACAUAUAUAGCAACUGGCAGCUAAAAAAAGAUUAGACAGUAAAGAGGAUUUUAUGUGAUAUUUAUUAAUAUAUGUAAAAAUGUCUAAAUUAAAUGUUUUGAUUGUGUUUUGUGUGUGCGUACCGUUGGUUCAGUUGCAAGGUCCAGGUUCGGGAUCGGAUGGAAAUUUACGUCUGUGCGUCGUGGAAGGUCGCGGUCCGUUCAAACGGGGCGCAACUUUCUGUCCCAUUCUGGAAGAGGAGAAUUCUGGUGUGGAGUGUGUCCUGGGAGCUGAUCAACUGGACUGCCUGCGUCGCAUUAGUAAAGGCACGGUUGACUUCGGAGUGUUCAGCCCCGAGGAUCUGAUAGCGGCGCAGUGGGCCAACAUUGACGUUCUAGUCACUAACGAGAUUAGGCAGAGGCAUAGACCAUACGAACGGAGAAUAGUGUCCGUAGUCAAUCGUCGUAUCCUGUUCGAGACCGAUGCGUCUUUGUCAAAUGUUCUCAGGAACAGUACUCUGUGCCACCCGGGCGUGGGAGUUGACGACCUCCGACCUAUGUCAGAUACACUCGCUGAGUACCUGGAGUCCCUCAUCAUCCCUCGCUCCUGUGAGCCCGAGCUGACGCUCACUGAGAACCACAUCAAGGCUGUGUCCAGCUUCUUCUACAAGGCCUGUAAGGCCGGACCCUGGGUUCCAGACAAACAACGCGACGCGGCGCUAAAGAAGAAGUAUCCAAAUCUGUGUGGAGCGUGCGCGAGCCCGGAUUGUUCUACAAACGACAAAUACUGGGGCCCGCUUGGAGCCCUGCAGUGUUUGGGGGACGACGCGGGCGACGCCAUGUGGGGGGAGAUGGAUGACGUCAUGUACUUCUUUGGGGUGAACACAUCGUCCCCGGCCGGUUCCGCUGCUAAUAUCGAUUCCUUUGCCUACUUGUGUCGCGACGGGAGCUCCCAGCCCGUCGCCGGGAACAUGGCACCCUGCGUGUGGCUCAACAGACCCUGGCCCGUCGUUAUAGCGAAGCGGAAGGCGUCCGCGUCAGUGAGUUCCCUGGUGUCCUCGUUGAAGGAGGAGGACCUGUUCAGUAGCAACUGGCGCGAAGCCCUGGCCUCACUACUCGAGGUCCGCCGGGCCCCCGUCACAGCCCACAUGAAGGCCCCCCUAGACUACCUCGCAUCAGCUCGGGGCUUCAGGGAAGCUUACAGUCAGAGCGGAUGUGAUCCGCCGAGGCACAUAACAAUGUGUACGAAUUCGUUGUUGGAGAAGAACAAGUGCGAGUGGCUGAGCGAGGCGGGCGCCGUGUACGGGGUGAAGCCUCCGCUGCAGUGCACCAUGACGGCGGGGGCUGCGGACUGUCUGAGGAGCGUCAGGGACGGCGCUAGUGACGUCACUGUACAGCACAGCGACUGGCUGCCGGUGGGCAGCAGGUUUUUCGAUUUGAAGCCUGUGCUAUACGAAGUGACUCCUAUAAUGGAAAAAAUGGACACAGUGAUGGCCUACGUCAGACGCGACGCCAAUAUAAACGACAUGGCGGAACUGCGCGGGAAAAGGGCCGCGUUCCCGAGCUACGACGGCGUCGCGUGGCAUUCGGUGUUCAAAUACAUAGCGGAUAAAGAGAACUACAACUGCUACGACGCCGUGCACGAUUACUUCAGUGAGAUCUGUGCACCGGGACUCGAAGUCAGUGGAUUCGAAGUGGAUAUCACGGAUAGAUAUACGAGGAACUGCUACAAGGAUGGGGACGAGGUGGUGAGGGGAGAGGUGGCGGCGCUGAGGUCGGUCGUGGAAGGGAAGAGUGAUGUGGCGUUCAUUAGUAUGAGAACUGUUAGAAUGUACCAAAGUAACCUAAUAAACGAGCCUUGGUCUAACACCCUCGUGGACCUGAAGCCGGUCUGUCCCGAGGAGAACAGGAAAUACUGUUACAUAUCCUGGUCGAACAUCGGUCACAUUUACGCCAAACGAAACAUCACAGCUAUGAGGAAACACGAAAUAAUCACGAUGUUCACGAAGUUAGAUCAAUUGUUCGGCAAACAUCAACCCUUCCAUAGCGUCAUGUUCACGAUGUACGGGCCGUUUAAUCACCAGACCGAUGUCAUAUUCCACAACAACACUAAAAGCCUAUCAACUGACAACUUAUUUAAAACGCAUCCAUACGUCUCUAUGCCGUUCAACUUUGACAGUAGGUUUAAUGACAGCGUCUGUCACACGGACAUAACGAGCACAGCGUAUAAAAUGGCGCCAACAGUUGUAUUGUUGGUUGCAAUUUUAAGUAUAUUAGUCAUGAAUUAGUAAUUUAUUGUAAAUAAAUAUUUUUUUAUUA